AAUUUCCAUAGGCUUUCGAAGUUUCGUAAAAUUUGGUAAGGAAAAUCGUACAAAGUAUUAGUUUAUCAACUAUAAUGCUUUUUUGGAUUCUUAUACAACUGGCUUUUGUAUGAGACUAAAAUUAAUAUAUGAAUAAAAUAAAGGAAAUUUGCGGUAUACGUCACCUAAAAAAGUGCUACCUACUUUGAGAAAACGUUUUAUGUAGAUUCAAGUUGUUCUCAGAUCCAGAACUAGAAGAAUCCAGCCAAACCUAAUAAUGUCGCUUUCGGAAGGACCUUGUUACACUAUUAUUAAUGCUCAGGAAACAGAGCCCUUCAAUGAGAUGCAGCUGAAGAUGGAUCUUGAAAAGGGCGAGUUAAACGUUAAAGUCGACACUCUGAAAAGAGUCAUCCAACUUCUUUUGAAUGGAGAGCGUCUUCCGAGCUUACUGAUGACAAUCAUUCGGUUUGUGUUGCCAUUGCAGAAUCACACGAUUAAAAAGCUUUUGCUUAUCUACUGGGAAAUUGUUCCAAAAACAUCUCCGGAUGGGAAAUUGUUGCAGGAAAUGAUUUUAGUUUGUGAUGCCUACAGAAAAGAUUUACAGCAUCCAAACGAAUUUCUUCGUGGAUCCACUCUGCGAUUUUUGUGUAAAUUGAAAGAGCCGGAGCUGUUGGAACCACUUAUGCCUGCAAUUCGUGCAUGCCUUGAGCACCGUCACUCGUAUGUUAGAAGAAAUGCCGUAUUGGCUAUAUUUACAAUUUACAAGAACUUUGAGUGGCUUGUUCCUGAUGGUCCGGAAUUGAUUGCCAAUUUUUUGGACACCCAACAGGACAUGUCAUGCAAGCGAAACGCUUUUCUUAUGCUGCUUCAUGCUGAUCAAGAAAGAGCAUUGAACUACUUGGCCUCCUGUCUCGAUCAAGUAAAUAACUUUGGGGAUAUCUUACAGCUGGUAAUUGUUGAACUUAUUUACAAGGUUUGUCAUGCUAACCCAACGGAACGAUCCCGUUUCAUCCGUUGUAUUUACAAUUUGUUGAACUCUAGUUCAAAUGCCGUUCGUUACGAGGCAGCUGGAACCUUGGUGACACUAUCAACUGCUCCGACGGCUAUUAAAGCUGCAGUUAGUUGUUAUAUUGAGCUGAUUAUUACUGAAAGCGACAACAAUGUCAAAUUGAUUGUAUUGGAUCGGUUAAUUGCGCUGAAGGAAAAUGAGAAUAUGGAACGUGUUAUGCAGGAGCUUGUUAUGGACAUUCUACGGGUUUUGUCAGCAACAGAUAUUGAAGUUCGUCGCAAAACAUUAACGCUGGCUAUGGAGUUGGUGUCUUCGAGAAAUAUUAAAGAAAUGGUUUUGGUGUUGAAAAAGGAAGUUUCCAAGACUCAUAACAUCGAGCACGAAGAUACCGGAAAAUAUCGCCAAUUGUUGGUGCGUACUCUACAUAUUUGUUGUAUUAAAUUUCCCGAUGUUGCUGCAACUGUUAUUCCCGUGUUAGUUGAAUUCCUGUCCGAUUCGAAUGAAUUAGCAGCUGCUGAUGUACUAAUUUUCGUGCGAGAAGCAAUCCAGAAAUUUCCUCAUCUGCAACUGCUUGUCAUUGAAAAACUUUUGGAGGCUUUUCCAGCCGUAAAAUCUUCCAAAAUUCAACGUGCAGCCCUUUGGAUUCUUGGAGAAUACGCCGGUUCAGUGAAAGAUAUUCUUGAUGUAAUGAACGUUAUUAAUCAGACAUUAGGCGAAGUCCCUAUUGUUGAUUCAGAGCAUCGCCGUCUGACUGGCGAAGAAAACGAAAAUAACGAAAACAAAGCUCAAAACGAGGUUCCAGCAGGAUUACCAAAAAAUAAAGUAACUUCUGAUGGGACUUAUGCCACGCAAAGUGCGUUCAGUGUAGCACCUUUAUCAAAAAAAAUUGAACGCCCACCAUUGCGGCAAUAUCUUAUGGAUGGAGAUUUUUUCAUUGGUGCAACACUUGCUUCCACAUUAACCAAGCUUGUGCUGAGAUACUUUGAACUGGAGCAAAAUGAAAAGAAGCAAAACCGUCUUUGUACCAGCGCCAUGUUGAUUAUGAGCUCGAUUCUUCAUUUGGGAAAAUCAGGAUUACCUAAUAGAGCAAUUACUAACGAUGACAGAGAUCGAAUUUUUCUCUGCCUAAAAACUCUUAGCCAACGCACACCAGAAAUUGUGCACAUUUUUAAACAAUCUUGUCGUGUUGCUUUAGCAAAUAUGUUGACUGCGCAGAAUGAAGAAGAGCAACAAACUCAGAAAGACAAACAGUUAAUUACUGCGAAAAUUCAACCUGAUGAUCCGAUUUCUUUUACACAACUGGCAAACGGAAAAAACGAUCAGCUGGGGGAAAAUGUCUUUGAAUCAAGUUUGAAUCAGGCAGUUGCUGGUACCAAAAACACAAUCGUAACGGGCGUGGCUUCGCCCAGUAACAAGCUGAACAAAGUAACUCAGUUAACCGGAUUUUCAGAUCCGGUCUAUGCCGAAGCAUAUGUGCACGUAAAUCAGUACGAUAUUGUGCUGGAUGUGUUGAUUGUCAAUCAAACUAAUGACACAUUGCAAAACUGUACCCUAGAGCUUGCCACUGUUGGUGACUUGAAGCUGGUUGAAAGGCCACAUCCGGUAGUACUGGCCCCGCAUGAUUUUUGUAACAUCAAAGCAAAUGUAAAGGUAUCGUCAACCGAGAAUGGAAUAAUUUUCGGAAAUAUUGUAUACGACACCACCGUAUCGAACGUGGUCGUUCUCAAUACGAUUCACAUUGACAUAAUGGAUUACAUUCUGCCAGCGAGCUGUACAGACACGGAGUUCCGCGCUAUGUGGGUCGAGUUCGAAUGGGAGAACAAGGUAUCGGUGAAUACAACGUUGACUGAUUUGCACGAGUAUCUGAAAAUGUUAGUCAAAUCCACCAACAUGAAAUGUCUCACGCCAGAAAAAGCUCUCUCAGGGCAGUGUGGAUUCAUGGCUGCUAAUAUGUAUGCAAGAUCAAUUUUUGGAGAGGACGCUUUAGCCAACUUAAGUAUUGAGAAACCCUCACGCGCGGAUGCCCCAGUGACUGGGCAUAUAAGGAUACGCGCUAAAAGCCAAGGAAUGGCGCUUAGUUUGGGCGAUAAAAUCAACCACACGCAGAAGUGUCUACAGGAGAAAUUAGUUGCUGCUUGAAAUGAUCAUCUAUUCAACAAAAGUUUUUGUUUUAUUUUUUCAUGUUAUUUCAUCUAAAGAAUGUAAUCGUUAAAAUUCAUUUGCAUCGUUGGCUAAUGUGGUAUAUGGAAAAUUUCAUUCCUAUACAACCGUAUUUAGAUUAACUAUCUGACAAACAAGAUAUGAAAGCUAAAAACAAUAAUAAUGAAUAUUAGUCUUUGUUGUAGGAGUUCUGCCGUGCUGAAUUGAAGCACGAAGAACUUCGAAAUAAUAUUCGAUAUUUGAAUGUGGAAACAAUACGCAAGGACAACAUUCCUAUAAAUACAUUUCACCACAAGAUGUUUGUUAUUAUUUUAACUUGGAAACUUUAACAAAAAUGCGAAAGUAUCGUUCUAACAUGGGACAAAAUGAGCAUCAUGCGAUAAUCUAUGAGUUGCAGUCUAGGGUGUGCUAUUUUCGCGAACAUUCGAUUGGCGCUUUCGAAUAAACGUGUUUUGCUUUUCUAGUGAAA